AACACGGCUCUGUCUAACUGGGAAUCCUCUGCUGUUAGCCCCUUUUGGUCGGUCGUGGUAGUGAGAGGCUAGUGUAGGGAAACACGCCCAGGAACAGUGCUGGAGGAUUGCAGAAAACAGCAGACAGUUUGUAAAUUAGUUUAGGUGCAGAGUAGUUGGGUACAAUGGCGACUGAUUCCUGGGCCUUGGCAGUUGAUGAACAAGAAGCUGCCGCUGAAUCUAUUGGAUCCUUGCAGAUUAAAGAGAAACGAGAGUCCGUAAAUGGAACAGUGAAACCAGGGGAAGAUGGUGACAAAGCUGAUGAAGAGGAGAAAGAGGACAGGGCAGCUCAGUCAUUACUGAAUAAACUAAUCCGGAGCAAUCUUGUGAAUACCACCAACCAAGUUGAAGUUCUUCAACGAGAUCCCAACUCUCCUUUGUACUCUGUAAAAUCAUUUGAAGAGCUGCGUCUAAAGCCUCAGUUGCUUCAGGGGGUUUAUGCUAUGGGCUUCAACAGACCUUCCAAAAUUCAAGAGAAUGCCUUGCCAAUGAUGCUUGCUGAACCCGUGUAUAUUCCCUCUGGUUCCAGACCUCAAAACCUGAUUGCCCAAUCCCAGUCUGGUACAGGUAAAACAGCAGCCUUUGUGCUAGCCAUGCUAAGCCAUGUUGACCCAGCUAACAAGUGGACUCAGUGUCUCUGUGUCUCGCCAACUUAUGAACUAGCCUUGCAGACCGGCAAAGUCAUUGAACAAAUGGGACAGUUCUAUCCUGAAGUGAAACUUGCUUAUGCUAUUCGAGGCAAUAAAAUAGAAAGAGGGCAGAAGAUACAGGACCAGAUAGUCAUUGGUACCCCUGGUACUGUGCUGGACUGGUGCCUAAAACUCAAGUUUAUCGACCCAAAGAAGAUCAAAGUAUUUGUCCUGGAUGAAGCAGAUGUCAUGAUUGCGACACAAGGCCACCAAGACCAGAGCAUCCGUAUCCAGAGAAUGCUACCAAAGGAUUGCCAAAUGCUGCUGUUCUCUGCCACCUUCGAGGAAUCUGUCUGGAAGUUUGCAGAAAGGAUCGUCCCAGAUCCCAACAUCAUAAAGCUCAAGCGUGAGGAGGAGACCUUAGACACUAUUAAGCAGUACUAUGUGGUGUGCAGCAAUAAGGAGGAGAAGUUCUCUGCCCUCUGCAACAUCUACGGGGCCAUCACCAUCGCACAGGCCAUGAUCUUUUGCCACACCCGUAAGACGGCGAGCUGGCUGUCAGGAGAGCUGUCAAAAGAGGGCCACCAGGUGGCACUCCUCAGCGGAGAGAUGACUGUGGAACAAAGGGCUGCGGUCAUCGAGCGUUUUAGACAAGGAAAGGAGAAAGUCCUCGUCACAACCAAUGUGUGUGCUAGAGGUAUUGAUGUGGAACAGGUGUCUGUAGUGAUCAACUUUGACCUUCCUGUGGACAAAGAUGGCAAUCCAGACAAUGAGACAUAUUUGCACAGAAUUGGACGCACAGGACGAUUUGGCAAGAGGGGCCUUGCAAUCAACAUGGUUGACAGCAAACACAGCAUGGACAUUCUCAACACAAUCCAAGAUCACUUCAGUAAGAAGAUUGAAAAACUGAACACAGAUGAUCUUGAUGAAAUUGAGAAAAUCGCCAACUAAGGACAGCAACUGAGGUGCAGCUCAACACUACUGUCUUGCAUUUAUUGAACGCUAUGUAUGCAGUUACCUCACAUCAGACUUGUGCUGUUUGACUUCAAGUAAUAUUAGGGCUAUAUCUUAUUUUUGCAUGGGACAAAGGGGCAAAAUAUGUUUACAUAAAAUUGAAUUAGGUCCUUGAAUGAGGAAUUUGUUUUAAAGAGCUGGUCAUCUUCUAUAUAAUGCCAAAUAGUUCAGUUUGGGAUGUUUUGGAAUAGUGUCAGAGUUCUGGUUCUCUGCUCUUUUUUUUUCCUCCUCGUGUUUUAAUUUGCUUUGAAAGUGUUUUUUAUAGACUACAGAUGCUGAUCCUGCGCUUACAAAAACUAGUCUGGCAGACUCCUGGGGAGCAGGUAUAUGUAGCCAUUAUGAUAAAAGGCAACAUUUACAUUGCUGGAAUAACGUGUUUAGUGUUAUUUGUAUUGUUUUGCACUUUGUUGGGUAUGUUACCUUUUUGUAAAAUGGUAAUCCUGUGGGACAACCUGAAGCAUUCUAACCAGACAUGGGAGUCAAAUUGAAACUGUGCCUAAUUUUAAGUUUAUUUUUUCAGGAUGUUGAAAUAAUCUCACAGCGCUUAAUCAAAUGUGAGUACUUUCAACAGACCAGUGGUAUUAAGUCAAACUCAAAUAGAAGUAUUCCAUACUAACCUCAUCAUCUAUUUGCUGUUUGCCUGAUUAAUGAUGGUGUGGCUCAGAGGCACAGUAUCUAAAAUAUGUACAUUCCUUUUUUUUCUAACAGUAAACAUUGUUUCUGGCAUAAUUUAUGAUUGAAAUACUUCAAGGAACUCUUGAACCAUAAUUUGGAAUGUGUUAUGCAGGUCUCAUAUCUCGAAGCGGGAUAUGGGUUUGGAGGGGGGGGGGGAAGAAAAGGUUAAAUGGCUAAUCUGUGAAAUAAUAACUAUGUUACGUUCCGUCAUGUUCAAUGACCAAAUGUUUUACUUGUUUUGAGUUCUGUUAGGACUGUGAAUUUAUGUUCCUUGCAAUAUUGGCUAGCAUAUUCUGUUCAUAGACAGGAAGUCAGGCACUUUUACCAAGUAAAAAUAGUAUUAUUAUUAUUAUUAUUCAGAUGUACCUAAAUUGUUAGGAAAGAUUAGAAUUGUGAGAUUUGUUUUUGAAGAAACAAUUAUAUCUUGGAAGAAAGAAAAAAAAAACUUAAAAAUGUGUUUUGACUUUUUGUACUGCAGUUGGUAUGCAUAUUAUGUUUGGAUUGUGAAUGCAUACACUGUUUUGAAGAUGCUGCAAAUGCAAUUGAACUGCAAUGCUCAAAAAUGAAGCACUACAUAGAUUAUAAUAAUUAAACCAUCAAAUCACAGCUCCUAAAAUGUUUUCCAUGGCUGGAUUUAUGGUGUUAUGCUAAUUUCUUAUCAUUAUUGUAAUAAAGAAUGCUUAAUAGCACAUCA